AUGUCGAUGAAGUUUUGGGCAAGCUUACCGGAUAGUGCAGAAGUAAAAGAAAUUCUAACAAAUCGCAUUAAAGAAGAAGCUUUGAGAACGUAUCUGUUCAGCUAUUCCUCACUCUACGAUUCCUUCAACAUCAAACAACUGUCAGAGAUGUUCAAUCUUCCGGUUUCGACGGCUCAUUCCAUUGUCAGCAAAAUGAUGAUUCAAGGCGCGCUCUCAGGAAGUUGGGAUGAAUCUUCCGAGUGUGUUUUGAUCAAUCGUGUUGAAAGAACACCGUUACAAGUUCUCGCCCUUCAAUUGACUGAAAAGAUUGCACAAGCUGUGGACCAGAAUGAAGUCAUGCUGAACUAUCGUAACCCUAAGUAUGUUAUGGCUCAAGCUAAUCAACGUGAAGAUCGUGGUGUUCGUCGAUACGAUGAGCGAUGGGGCGGGAAUGAACAAAGGAGAUUUUAUGGUCGCGAAGAUCAACAGGACAGACCCUUCUCCCAAUACAGGCCGCAAGCGAUCAAUGGGGCGCGUUCUGGGAAUAGGCCAGGGGUUUCGACUCAAAGGCGCCGUUGGUAG